CACACACACGCUCUCAUCCAGUUUGUAGCAGCCGAAGGGACAAGAACAAAAAAAAGCUAGACCACACGGUGUCGACUACAGAAAUUCCUACCUACGCCACAGAUGGGGCCUGGAUUGUUUUGGAACUUCCCUCCCAAGGCUGGCUGCACGGUUCCACAGAGCCUCCUGCAGACCAUGUUGCUGUCCAGGAUGGCUGGAAUGAAGGAGCAGCAGUUCACAGAGGAGAAGCCCCUACUGCCGGAGAAGAGAGGAGUGGACUCAGACGUGCAGGAAAAAGGAGAGGAGGCAACGGAGGGGCUCCCGUGCCCCGCCAGCCCCGCGCCCCCUAACCAACCCCCUCCCCCUCGUCGCCCCACUCACCGCUGGCAUGUCAUCGCACGGCACUGGCUCCGCCAGACCCGCCGUCGGACCAGCGGGGUCAUCCCGGAAAGCUGUGAACAGCUGAUGCCACCAGGCGACUGGAAGGAACAUGAUGUUGAGACCCCUUAUGGGAUGUUGCAUGUGGUGAUCCGAGGGGCACCUAAAGGAAACAAGCCUGCUAUUCUCACCUACCACGAUGUGGGGCUGAAUCACAAGCUGUGCUUCAACACUUUCUUCAAUAAUGAGGACAUGCAGGAGAUCACUAAGCACUUUGUGGUUUGUCACGUCGACGCCCCGGGACAGCAGAUCGGAGCUUCACAGUUACCACAAGGGUACCAGUACCCCACUAUGGACCAGCUGGCUGGAAUGCUGCCCACUGUCGUGCAGCACUUUGGAUUCAAGAGCAUCGUUGGGAUUGGAGUUGGAGCUGGAGCUUAUAUUCUGGCCAAGUUUGCACUGAUUUUCCCUGACCUGGUGGAGGGUUUGGUUCUGCUAAACAUUGACCCCAAUGGCAAAGGAUGGAUCGACUGGGCUGCCACCAAGCUGUCAGGUCUGACCAGCAACAUCCCAGAUGUCGUUCUGCCACAUCUUUUUAGCCAGGAGGAGCUGGUGAGCAACACAGAGCUGGUGCAGAGCUACCGGCAACAGAUCAACAACAAUAUCAACCAUUUCAACCUGCAGCUCUUCUGGAACAUGUACAACAGUCGGAGGGACCUGGAGAUGAACCGCACAGGGACGGUGCUCAACGCCAAGACCAUAAAGUGUCCUGUGAUGCUGGUUGUGGGAGACAACGCCCCUGCUGAGGAGGGAGUGGUUGAGUGCAACUCCAAGCUGGAUCCAACCAACACCACUUUCCUUAAGAUGGCUGACUCUGGUGGACUUCCCCAGCUCACACAGCCCGGCAAGCUGACUGAAGCCUUCAAGUAUUUCCUGCAGGGAAUGGGCUACAUCGCUUAUGUGAAGGAUCGGAGGUUGAGUGGAGGGACAGUGCCCUCAGCCAGCAUGACUCGCCUGGCUCGCUCCAGGACGGCCUCCCUGACCAGCGCCGGCUCCAUGGAGGGAAACCGUUCUCGGGCUUGCACUAACUCCGACAGCAGUGAGGGAGUCGGCGCCGUCACCCAAACCAUGGAGGUGUCGUGCUGAAGAGUGAAAAGAAAAGAAAUAGCAGACGGGGUUAGAAGGGAUGGAGAGGGAAAGCGAGAAAUACAAAAAGGGAAGAUGAGUGUGAGGAUUGACAGUCGAGAGAAAACAUUGUGCUUGAUGAAGGAUGAAAGGUGACAGCCCUCUCCGUCUUCAUCUUUCUUCUCCAGAUCCUUUUGUCUGCCAUCUGUAAAAUACCAUACGUAUAGUCACUAACUCACCAAACUCACCUUUGAAUAUUCAUCUCGACUGCCCUUUGCCAAACACUUAAAGAUUUAAGCAGCUGGUUUUGUUCUUGAAAUGUCAUUCUUGUGUUUGCUAAGUGUUUCCUCUUUUUUUUUGCCUGCACAUCCCCCCCCCCCCAAAAAAAAAGAAAAGUAAACACACACACACACACGGUAAUAAUACAUAACCCUUUUUUUCAGUCCACGUGACAAAAUGUCAUUAAACAGCUGCUGUUAACAUCUGAGGCGGAAAUGGAAACAACAGAAAUGACAAGACGACCUUUUCUGGGUUCCAAGACAAAAAAUAGAUAAAGUGUUAUGCAUGUGUAUCUUCAAAGUAGUUAAUAUUUUGGGGGAAAUGUAAGGAUCUCUCUCUGUGAAGUUUGUAAGGAUAGUGGUCUCUCCAUGGGUAACAGGUGAUAAGAAAGGUGGUGUGUCCAGAGUCCAACAGACAGCAGAACACCGUCUUAUCGUAGCCGAGUUUGCCUGUAGUGUUUAGAGAGGAACUGUUAGCUUGUUUUAGAGCAUAGUUUUAAAACAGCACACUUCUUUAAAACUGCACUUAGGAAAACUAAAAUAUCAGCGUACAUGUUCUCCAACCUGGGCCUGAACUUUUUUUUAGUCCAAUCAAACUUUAUACAACUAGGAGGAAUCGUUUGAGGUGCUUUGAAGUUUUAUUACCUUAAAGCACGAAGUUGAACACCAGCUAGUCGUAAGCGCACUGAUCCUAUGACCAGGAAGCCUUGUCUCUUUUAUUUCCAUGAUGGCAUGUAGAGAAUACGGCUGUUGUGUUUAACUCAUCUUUAUUUUGCGAAAGAUGACAAUCUGGAGCUGUAUAUUGUUGCAAGAAACUUAAAAUGUGCAAUUGCUGAAGAAAUUGUGUGUGAUUGCUAUUGCACCUCAUGUCAGUCAACACAGGCACUGGUUGCAAGUUGAACUGGCUGUGACUGGUGCAACAUUUUAAAAGUAAAACAUGUUUUAUAUACUUUACACAACAGGAGAAAUAGUGAUUUUUAAAGACCGUCUUUCGAUUUUAGUGCAUCCUAGUAGCAAAAAUGCAUGAAAUAAAGCUUGUUUGUGGUGUUGGUUUGUAUUCAAGAGCCAGAUUUUUA